CACCACUCCCCGCUGCCUUGUCUGCUUGGUCUGUUUGCCUUCCACUCGGCCCGGUGUGGGAUCAUUGCGAUCUCGCAAUCCUCCCACCCGGACCUGGUGCCGGCGGCCCAUGUGGCUGGCGAUGACGGCGAUGACUGGGCUGCAUUGGGGAGAGGAGGGCGAGGCUGCAAACUGGCUGGAUCGCCUCCAUCCGUUUACCCCCCCCCCUGCUGUUUCCCGCGGCUUGCUAAAAGGCCGCUGUGGAUCGCGAUCACCCCUCAUCUCCCUCAUCCGAUCGAGCCGUCGAUCGCCGCUACUCUCUUGAUAUCCUCUCUCUGGCGAACCAGCCUCUGGAUCAGCAGCGGCCCUUGCACUCUCGUUCCCAUCAGUCCUUCUCUCACUCCUGGCGUUCAACCCCCACAUCGCUCACACGCCGCUUUCCCUCGCUACUUUCGUCUGCAGAUGUCUCCUGCUGAAACUUCCUCCUCAUGGGCCGACGUUCUUCCGGCCUCUCAAGGUCUCUAUAACCCCGAGCUCGAGAAAGACGCUUGCGGUGUCGGAUUCGUCGUCCAUGUGAAGGGACAGGCCUCCCACAAAAUCGUCCGCGAUGCCUCCUCACUGCUCUGCAAUAUGACCCACCGUGGUGCCGUCGGUGCUGAUGUUAGAGACGGCGACGGUGCUGGUGCCAUGUGCUCUAUUCCCCACGAAUUCCUCGCUGCCGAGGUCAAGCAGCAGUUUGACGUCGAGCUCCCUGCUGCCGGCAGAUACGCCGUCGGCAACGUUUACCUCAAGCCCGACGAGGUCGUUCUGCACGAGUCACAGCAGACCUUCAACGACAUUGCUGUCUCGCUGGGCCUUCGCGUCCUGUGCUGGCGCCCCGUCCCCACCGACAACUCGAUGCUGGGACCCUCCUCCAAAUCCAAGGAGCCCGCCAUCUACCAGCCCUUUGUCGUCCCCGAGUCGUCCUCGGAGGAGUUUGACCAGCAGCGCUUUGAGCGCCAGCUGUACUACCUGCGAAAGAUGUCCACCCACGCCAUCACCCUCCGCAAGUGGUUCUACAUCUGCUCGCUCUCGAGCCGCAACAUUGUCUACAAGGGACAGCUGUCGCCCUCGCAGGUCUACCAGUACUUCAAGGAUCUGAACCACCCCGACUUCCAGGCCCACUUUUGUCUGGUCCACUCGCGCUUCUCCACCAACACCUUCCCCUCCUGGGACCGUGCCCAGCCCAUGAGAUGGUGUGCCCACAACGGCGAGAUCAACACCCUGCGCGGCAACAAGAACUGGAUGCGUGCCCGCGAGGGUGUCAUGAAGUCGGACAACUUUGGCGACAAGAUCGAGGCCCUCUACCCCAUCGUCGAGGAGGGCGGCUCCGACUCGGCUGCCUUUGACAACGUCCUCGAGCUCCUCGUCAUGAACGGCGUCAUGUCCCUCCCCGAGGCCGUCAUGAUGAUGGUCCCCGAAGCCUGGCAGAACCAGCCCAACAUGGAGCCCGAGAAGCGCGCCUUCUACGAGUGGGCUGCCUGCCUGAUGGAGCCCUGGGAUGGCCCCGCGCUCUUCACCUUCUCCGAUGGCCGCUACGUCGGUGCCUGCCUCGAUCGCAACGGCCUGCGCCCCUGCCGCUACUACACCACCGAGGACGACAUCAUGAUCUGCGCUUCCGAGGUCGGCACCAUCAACGUCGACCCCGCCACCAUCACCGCCAAGGGCCGUCUGCAGCCCGGCCGCAUGCUGCUCGUCGACACCGAGCAGGGCCGCAUCGUCGACGACAACGAGCUCAAGAUGGAGAUCUGCGCCCAGAAACCCUUCGCCAACUGGAUCACCGAGAACAUGAUCCGCCUCGACGACGUCCGCGCCUGGGCCAAGGAGAACGGCCUGUACACACGCGCUCCCCUCGACGAGGCCAAGAUCUUUGAGGACAAGAAGCUGCUUGCCUUUGGCUUCAGUCUCGAGCAGCUCAACAUGAUCAUCAGCCCCAUGGUCAACGACGGCAAGGAGGCUCUUGGCUCCAUGGGCAAGGACACCCCUCUUGCCUGUCUCUCGCGCCAGUCCCGCGUCGUCUACGACUACUUCCGCCAGCUCUUUGCCCAGGUCACCAACCCGCCCAUCGACCCCAUCCGCGAGGAGAUUGUCAUGUCCCUGGCCUGCUACGUCGGCCCCGAGGGCAACAUCCUCGAGAUGGAGCCCGGCCAGUGCCACCGCCUGCUGCUGCCCUCGCCCAUCCUCUCCAUCGAGGACCUCAGCGCCAUCAAGAGCAUCUCGCAGUUCAAGCCCAACUGGUCCGUCCAGACCAUCGACAUCACCUACCCCAAGGAGCUCGGCGUCGAUGGCUACACCCAGACCCUCGACCGCGUCUGCGCCGAGGUCUCGCAGGCCAUUGCCGACGGCCACAAGAUUGCCAUCCUCUCCGAUGCCAAUAUCAGCGAAUCGCGUGUCGCCAUCUCGACCGUGAUUGCCAUGGGCGGCGUCCACCACUACCUCGUCAAGAACAAGCAGCGCUCCAAGAUUGCUCUUGUCUGCGAGACGGGCGAGGCCCGCGAGGUCCACCACUUCUGUGUCCUCCUCGGCUACGGUGCCGACGCCAUCUGCCCCUACCUGGCCUUUGACUCGAUGCUCAAGCUCAAGCGUGAGGGUGCCUUCAAGGGCGACAUGACCCCCGAGAAGAUUGUUUACAACUUCAUCAAGGCCAGCAACGACGGCAUCAAGAAGGUCAUGUCCAAGAUGGGUAUCUCGACCCUGGCCAGUUACAAGGGCGCCCAGAUCUUUGAGGCCCUCGGUAUCGACGGCUCCGUGGUCGAUCGCUGCUUUGCCGGCACAGCCUCGCGCAUCAAGGGUGUCGGUUUUGACGUCCUCGCCAAGGAUGCUCUGUCCUUCCACGAGACCGCCUGGCCCGUCCGCGAAACCGUCUCCGUCGAGGUCCUCCCCGAGUCGGGCGACUACCACUGGCGCGACAACGGCGAGGCCCACAUCAACGACCCCGUCACCAUCGGCAACGUCCAGGACGCCGUCCGCCGCAAGAACAACCACGCCUACGAGACCUACUCGCGCCAGGCGUACGAGCAGAUCAAGAACUGCACCCUGCGCGGCAUGCUCGACUUCAACUUUGACAAUGCCAAGCCCGUCCCCAUCGACGAGGUCGAGUCCUGGACCGAGAUCGUCAAGCGCUUCUGCACGGGCGCCAUGUCCUACGGCUCCAUCUCGAUGGAGGCCCACUCUGCCCUCGCCAUCGCCAUGAACAAGCUCGGCGGCAAGAGCAACACCGGCGAGGGUGGCGAGGACCCCGCCCGCUCCACUCCCCUGGCCAACGGCGACUCGAUGCGCUCGGCCAUCAAGCAGGUUGCCUCGGGCCGUUUCGGUGUCACCAGCUACUACCUGUCGGAUGCCGACGAGCUCCAGAUCAAGAUGGCCCAGGGCGCCAAGCCCGGAGAGGGCGGUGAGCUUCCCGGCUACAAGGUCACUGGCGGCAUUGCCAAGACCCGCAAGUCCACCCCCGGCGUCGGUCUGAUCUCGCCCCCUCCCCACCACGACAUCUACUCGAUCGAGGAUCUCAAGCAGCUCAUCUACGAUCUCAAAUGCUCGAACCCGGUUGCCCGCAUCAGUGUCAAGCUCGUCUCUGAGGUCGGUGUCGGUAUCAUUGCCUCGGGUGUCGCCAAGGCCAAGGCUGACCACAUCCUCAUCUCGGGCCACGACGGUGGCACGGGUGCCUCGCGCUGGACCGGUAUCAACUACGCCGGUCUGCCCUGGGAGCUCGGUCUUGCCGAGACCCACCAGACCCUGGUCCUCAACGAUCUGCGUGGCCGCAUCUGCCUCCAGACCGAUGGUCAAAUCAAGACCGGCCGCGAUGUUGCCAUUGCCUGUCUGCUCGGCGCCGAGGAGUGGGGCUUUGCCACCACGCCCCUCAUUGCCCUGGGCUGCACCAUGAUGCGCAAGUGCCACCUCAACACCUGCCCCGUCGGCAUUGCCACCCAGGAUCCCGAGCUCCGCGCCAAGUUUGCCGGCAAGCCCGAGGACGUCAUCAACUUCUUCUACUACGUCGCCGAGGAGUGCCGCACCAUCAUGGCCCAGCUCGGCUUCCGCACCAUCAACGAGAUGGUUGGCCGCGCCGACAUGCUCAAGGUCAACAACGUCCUCAAGAACCCCAAGACCAACAACCUCGACCUCUCGCCCAUCCUCACCCCGGCCUUCAGCCUCCGCCCCGGAGCGGCCACCUUCAAGGUCAAGGAGCAGGACCAUCUGCUGUACAAGCGCGUCGACAACCGCCUGAUCGAGCAGGCCACCCCCGCCCUGCAGGAGCAGAAGGCUGUCCAGCUCGUCGACAAGGUCGUCAACACCGACCGUGCCUUUGGCGCCACCCUCAGCUACCACGUCUCCAAGAACUUUGGCGAGGACGGCCUGCCCGACGGCACCAUCCACAUCAAGCUGACUGGCUCUGCCGGCCAGUCCUUUGGCGCCUUCAUGGCCAAGGGUAUCACCAUGGAGCUCGAGGGCGAUGCCAACGACUAUGUCGGCAAGGGUCUCUCGGGUGGCCAGGUCGUUGUCUACCCUCCCAAGGUCUCCAAGUUCAAGAACGAGGAGAACGUCAUUGUCGGCAACGUCUGCCUGUACGGCGCCACCUCGGGCCGCGCCUUCUUCAGCGGUAUCGCUGCCGAGCGCUUCUGUGUCCGCAACUCGGGUGCCACUGCCGUCGUCGAGGGCUGCGGUGACCACGGUUGCGAGUACAUGACCGGCGGCUACGCCGUCAUCCUCGGCAAGACCGGCCGCAACUUUGCUGCCGGUAUGAGCGGUGGUAUUGCCUACGUCCUCGAUCUGGACGGUACCUUCCGCAGCCGCUGCAACCCCGAGCUCGUCGACCUCGACUACGUCACCGAGCAGGAGGACAUUGAGCACCUCCACAACCUCAUUGACGACCACCGCACCCUCACCGGCUCCAAUAUCGCCACCAAGGUCAUCAACAACUGGGAGACCAUCCUGCCCAAGUUUGUCAAGGUCUUCCCCCGCGACUACAAGGCUGUGCUGCUCAAGGCCAAGGCCGAGGCUGCUGCUGCUGCCGCCGCCGCUGUCGAGCCCGUCGAGCCCGCUCCUCAGCCACAGAAGGCCGAGCCCGCCAUCCUCGACAUUGAGGACGGUGCCGUUGACGAGGCCAUGGCCAAGAAGCGCAUCGAGAACGUCGACAAGGUCCGCGGCUUCAAGCUGUACAAGCGCCAGGGCGACCACUACCGCAACGCUCGCAUGCGCGUCAAGGACUACAAGGAGAUCAACGCCCGCCUGAACCCCGACGAGCUCAAGGUCCAGGCCGCCCGCUGCAUGGACUGCGGUGUGCCCUUCUGCCAGUCCGACAACGGCUGCCCCAUCAGCAACGUCAUCCCCAAGUGGAACGACCUCGUCUUCAAGGACAACUGGAAGGAGGCCCUUGCCCGUCUGCUCUUGACCAACAACUUCCCCGAGUUCACCGGCCGCGUCUGCCCCGCCCCCUGCGAGGGUGCCUGUGUCCUCGGCAUCAACGAGCUGCCCGUGUCGAUCAAGUCGAUCGAGUGCGCCAUCAUCGACCGCGGCUUCGAGGAGGGCUGGAUCGUGCCCAACCCGCCUGCCGUCCGCACUGGCAUGAAGGUUGCUAUCGUUGGCUCUGGCCCCGCCGGCCUUGCCGCCGCCGACCAGCUCAACAAGGCUGGCCACUUGGUCACCGUCUACGAGCGCAACGACCGCAUCGGCGGUCUCCUCAUGUACGGCAUCCCCAACAUGAAGCUCGACAAGAAGAUUGUCCAGCGCCGUGUUGAUCUGCUCGCUGCCGAGGGUGUCAACUUUGUCACCGGCGCCCACGUCGGCAAGGACGUUGACGCCCUGACCAUCCAGAGCGAGAACGAUGCCAUCCUGCUCGCCACCGGCGCCACCUGGCCCCGCGACCUGCCCAUCCCCGGCCGCAACCUCAACGGCAUCCACUUUGCCAUGGAGUUCCUGCAGAAGAACACCAAGUCGCUGCUCGACUCGGAGCUCACCGAUGGCACUUACUUGAGCGCCAAGGGCAAGAAGGUCGUCGUCAUUGGCGGCGGCGACACGGGCACGGAUUGUAUCGCCACCUCUCUUCGCCAUGGCGCCACCUCCAUCGUCAACUUUGAGCUGCUGCCCCAGCCCACGACCUUCCGUGGCAAGGAGAACCCCUGGCCCCAGUACCCUCGUGUCUUCAAGGUCGACUACGGCCACGCCGAGGUGCAGAUGAUCCACGGCAAGGACCCCCGUGAGUACUGCGUCCUGUCCAAGGAGUUCAUCUCGGACGGCAAGGGCAACAUCAAGGGCAUCAAGACUGUCCGUGUUGAGUGGACCAAGAACGAGAAGGGCCAGUGGAGCAUGCAGGAGAUCCGCGGCUCCGAGACCUUCUUCGAGGCCGACCUCGUGCUGCUCGCCAUGGGCUUCAUGGGCCCCGAGAACGAGGUCAUCAAGCAGCUCAGCGUCAAGCAGGACGGCCGCACCAACAUCGAGACCCCGAAGGGCAAGUACAGCACCACCGUUCCCGGUGUCUAUGCCGCCGGUGACUGCCGCCGCGGCCAGAGCUUGAUCGUCUGGGGCAUCAACGAAGGCCGACAGGCUGCCCGCGAGAUCGACAUUGAUCUCAUGGGCGGAACCCGCCUGCCUGUCACCGGAGGCAUGCAGAAGCGCCUCGAGUAAGGAGGCGGCGGGCCAUCACCGCAUCCUCCUUUCUCCCCCCCCCUCAUCCCUGUCCCCUUUCUGCUUUUGUGCUCUUCCUGUUCUCACGGCCUUUCUUUGUCCAUCUUCGCAUUCCCUGGCGCUUUAUGCCACUACUGUUUUUGACUGCACUCGCUUGCUUGGGCACUCGCCUCCACCUCCAUCUGCUCGGCAGUGCCUCUGAUGCUGCCGGUGGCCCUCGGGCACAGCCGCGACUGCAAAUGUAAAUACCAAUACACUUUAUUCAGAAAAAAACGGGACACCACAGCCGCUUCCAUGAACAUGUAGUAUGUGCUGUGCUUGCGUCAAGCAAAGCCACAAGAA